AUGGAAGCCCUGUGGAGAGAUAACAGUCACAGCUGGAUUUGUCUUUACAGUGAGAAUUCAAAUAAGGAGCGAGUGGGACUGAAUAAGGAAAACUUGCUGAUGCGAGGAUGCACUGUCAGAAAUACAGAAGCUGUCGUUGGCAUUGUGGUGUAUGCAGGUCAUGAAACGAAAGCAAUGUUAAACAACUCCGGGUUUCGUUACAAGAGGAGCCAACUAGAGAAGAAGUUGAACCACGAUAUCAUCUGGAGUGUUCUGCUUCUAUUUGUGAUGUGCCUUAUAGUGGCAGUUGGUCAUGGAUUUUGGUUAAGCCUCCAUUCAGUUCUGCCUCUCUACAGUACUGGAAAACAACUUUCUCCAACCUGGGGAGGAUUUUUAAUGUUUUGGACAAUGAUUAUUUUAUUACAGGUCUUGAUCCCAAUUUCUCUGUAUGUUUCUAUUGAAUUUGUCAAAUUGGGACAUAUCUAUUUUAUCCAGAAUGAUAUUGAUUUAUAUGAUGAAGCCACAGACACCAGGAUUCAAUGUGGAUCACUAAAUAUAGCAGAAAAUCUCGGGCAGAUACAAUACAUUUUCUCGGAUAAGACCGGAACACUCACUGAAAACAAAAUGGUUUUUCGGAGGUGCACCAUUGCAGGACGUGAACACAGCCAUGAGGAGAAUGCAAAGAGGCUGGAAGCAUAUCUGGAUGGGGAUGAGGAUGAGGAUGACCCACAGAGGAAUCCUUCCCAUGAUUCUUUGCCACCUCUCUCCAGAUCACGUUUUUUCAGCCGUAAAUCGAGUGCGUUUCUGUCGAGCAAAUCUCUGAGCCGUGUAUUUCGCAGCACCAGUACUGUGGUCACGAGACAACUGGCCUUCAGUAGCCCACUUGAGACAGAUGUUGUGCCAGACAUCCGACUGCUAUACAAGUUCCAUCAGAUUGCUUUGAAAAAUUACACCCGGCUUGACUCGGCAACGCCUAUGCCAGAGCUUGAGUGCAUCAGCGAAUUCUUCACUGCUCUUGCCAUUUGCAACACGGUUGUUGUUUCCGAUCCUAAACAACCACGUCACAAUGAAACAUUGACUCCACUUGAGCUGUCUUAUGAGGCGGAGAGUCCUGAUGAAGCGGCACUAGUCCAUGCCGCCAGGGCUUACCAAUGUAUUUUGAUGGCUAGGAAUCCUGAGCAGGUGACGGUAGACCUGGGUCCUCUGGGAAUGCAAGGUUUUCAGAUGUUACACAUCUUGCCUUUUGACUCUACCCAGAAAUGCAUGUCCGUAGUGGUGAAGCACCCAAUUUUGAACCAGAUUGUGGUGUACACAAAGGGGGCAGAUUCUGUUAUUAUGGAUUUACUAACAACCAAACCAACAGGUAUUGAAAAAAUAGACCUGCAAAGGAAAAGAAUAAAGGAAAGAACGCAGAUGCAUUUAGAUGAGUAUGCUACAAAGGGACUCCGCACCCUCUGUAUAGCUAUGAAGGUGUUGAGCAGUGAGGAAUACCAAGAGUGGCUGAAAGGCCAUUAUUUAGCAGAAAGUAGUAUUGAAAACAGGGAACAGAUGCUCCUUGAGUCUGCAAUGAGGCUUGAGAACAAUUUAACGUUACUUGGAGCCACUGGAAUUGAAGAUCGCUUGCAAGAUGGUGUCCCGGAAAGCAUAGAGGCACUCCGAAAAGCCGGGAUUAGCAUCUGGAUGCUGACAGGUGAUAAGCGUGAGACAGCCGUCAAUAUUGCCUGUUCCUGUAAAUUAAUGGACUCAGCUGAUAAUGUCUUCACCCUUGUGGCUGAUAGUCUGGAUGCCUGUGGAAAGAUGCUGGAGAGCAUUUUAGAAGACAUCCGGACAAAUGCUCCUUCCAAGGACAGGCAAAGCACUGCGUCCCAAACCACCGUUCGCCAGUUCAGCUCUACACUCGUUAUUGAUGGGCCAACCUUAGAGUUUGCCUUGCAUCUGAGUCUGCAGAGUAAGUUCCUGCAGCUCACCAAAAGUGUCCAGGCUGUCAUCUGCUGCAGAGUGGCACCACUGCAAAAGGGCCAGCUAGUGAAGCUGGUACGGAAGGAGCUGAAGGUGAUGACACUCGCCAUCGGUGACGGUGCCAACGACGUUAGUAUGAUUCAAGUUGCUGAUGUUGGAAUUGGAAUCUCUGGCCAAGAAGGCAUGCAGGCUGUGUUGGCAAGCGAUUUUGCUAUUUCUCAGUUCAAACAACUCAGCAAGCUGCUAUUUGUCCAUGGCCACUGGUGCUACACCCGAUUGGCUAAUAUGGUCCUUUACUUUUUCUACAAGAAUUUGGCAUAUGUAGGCCUCCUCUUCUGGUAUCAGUUCUUCUGUGGAUUUUCGGGAAGCUCCAUGACUGAUUACUGGAGUUUGAUUUUCUUCAACCUCCUGUACACAUCAGUACCCCCCAUCAUUUAUGGGGUGUUAGACAAAGAUGUCUCAGCUGAAAUGCUUUUACGGAGGCCAGAACUUUACACAGCUGGACAAAGAAAUGAGCCGUACGUGAGAUCAGCCUUUGCAGGCAACAUAGCAGAUGCUUUUUAUCAAAGCUUUGUUUGCUUUUUUAUCCCUUACUUUACCUUCCUUAACUCUGACAUUGACAUCUACUCUUUUGGUAGUGUAAUGAACACUUCCAUGUUCUUUAUCAUCAUGCUACACCUCGUCAUUGAAAGUAAAACUUUGAACUGGAUACACUGGGUUGUUUUAGCUGGUAACGUCCUUUUGUUCUUCGUUAUUAAUGGGACUUUUGGAGCUACCUGCAUCCUCUGCAAUCCACCAGCCAACCAGUACUGGAUUAUGGAGAGACAGAUGUCUAAUCCAAUGGUGUAUCUGAUGUGCUUCAUCACAGUUAUCGUGGCUCUUCUUCCAAGGUUUAUGUUCAGGGUGAUCCAAUCCACCGUAUUCCCAAAUCCGCUGGUGGAAGCCAGGCAGCUUGAAGGAACGGCCCUUAAAGGAGGGAAGCGUUUGCUGCACAAUCCAAGAGUAGUCCCAGUGUGA